CAUUUUUCUCUCUCGCCUCUUUCUCGCUGGUUCCUUUGCGGCGCCUCUCGCCUCUCUGGCCACCCACCGCCUCCGCCGCCGCCGCCGCCGCCCUUUUCCUCGCUUCCUUUUCCUCGCUUCUUUCCCCGGCUUGUGCUCUCCCUCCUCGGCGCGACUUGGCGCCCUUUUGCCGGCCGCUCCCGCAGCCUAUGGCCCAGGAAGGCGCCUCUGCCGCCGCCUGUAUUUCUGCUGUAGGUUCCCACAUCACUCUUUAAAAAUUCCGCCUAAAAAGAGAAGACGAUUUACCAAAUCUUUCGGGCCGUUGUCCCACGGCAAACUCUCUGACCAGGUUUACAACUAUCCAGAGGGUUUAGGAGAAGUGCUUUAUCGAGAACAGUUCGACUUCAACGCGGAGCCACCUUGGGAACCUAGCUGAUGAUAGUAGGGUUCCAUCUCCUAACUUGUCCAUUUUGUUGCAUAAUUUAAGGACCCAGCUCUAAGGCUUUGGCUUUGUGGCCUGUUCCUUGUGUUUCUUGGUUUAUGACUGUCGGCUUUGCGGAAUACGGCUGAGAUGAAAGGAUUCCUUGAGGAUGCAAACUACUCCAUUGGCUUACUGGAUGAAGGAGUGAAUGUUGCAGACGUCAUCGACAACUGCAUUUAUGAACAUACACUUACUGGAAAAAAUGGAUUUUUUAUUGGUGAUCUGGGAAAGUUGAUCAAACAGCACAUCCACUGGCAGAAUGUGAUGGCACCAAUAAAGCCCUUUUACAAUGUAAAAUGCAACUCCACUCCAGGUGUUCUUGAGUUACUGGCAGCUCUAGGAACUGGGUUUGCAUGUUCGAGUAAAACUGAAAUGGCAUUAAUUCAAGAAUUGGGCAUUUCUCCUGAAAACAUUAUAUUCACAAAUCCUUGUAAGCAAGCUUCUCAGAUAAAAUAUGCAGCUAAAACUGGAGUGAACAUUUUGACAUGCGACAAUGAACUAGAAUUAAAGAAAAUUGCUAGGAAUCAUCCAAAUGCAAAGCUCUUGCUUCAUAUUGCCACAGAAGACAUUAAUGGAGAUGAAGAGAUGAACAUGAAGUUUGGCACCACCCUGAAGAACUGUCGUCAUCUAAUGGAAUGUGCAAAGGAGCUGAAUGUCCAAAUAGUUGGCGUCAAAUUUCAUGUUUCAAACUCUUGCAAGGAAACUCAAGUGUACAAAAAUGCUAUUUCUGAUGCUCGCUGUGUAUUUGAUAUGGCUGAAGAAUUUGGAUUUACCAUGAACAUGUUGAAUAUUGGUAGUGGCUUUACAGAUUAUGAAUUUGAUCUGGAAAAGGUUAAUCAUGUUGUCAGCCCUUUGCUUGAUACAUACUUUCCUGAAGAAUCUGGUGUAAAUGUGAUCGCAGAGGCUGGAUGCUAUUAUGUUUCAUCUGCAUUUACUCUUGCAGUUAACAUCAUUGCAAAGAAAGCUGUUCAAUCUGCUGAGCCUCUUUUCAAAACAGAACAAGCCGAAAGUGAUGACCAAGUCUUCAUGUACUAUGUGAAUGAUGGUGUUUAUGGUUCUUUUGCAAGCAAAUUGUCUGACAAUUUGACUACUGUUCCAGAGGUUCACAAGAAAUACAAGGAAGAUGAGCCUUUAUUUGCAAGCAGCCUUUUGGGUCCAUCCUGUGAUGAGCUUGAUCAAAUUGUGGAAAGCUGUCUUCUCCCUGAGCUGAAUGUUGGAGACUGGCUACUCUUUGACAAUAUGGGUUCUGGUACUUUGGGUGAACGAUCUGCUUUUAAUGACUUCCAAAGGCCACCUGUUUACUACAUAAUGUCAAUUGGCAACUGGUGUGAGAUGCAAGAUGCUGGAUUCACCUCUGAGACACUGAUGAAGAAUUUCUUCUUUGUGCCUUCAUGCAUUCAGCUGAGCUCUGAAGACAGAUUUUCUAUUGCAGCUUAAACAGGCAUUAGUGAUUCAUUUAGCCUUGCAGUUGCACAUCUGUAGUCUUGUCUGGUCACAACAUUCCAGUUUGGAAGAAAAAUGGAACAAUCUUGAAUGAAUUAUUUAAACUUGAAAUCAUUUGGGACCAGGCAAAACCAGCUUACAACUACAUUUCUCUGGGGGAGUAAGGGUUAAAUAAUAUACAGAUUUAAACAUGUCAAAUAUUUCAAUCCCUCAGCAUUUAAAUAAAAUAUGCAACAAAAUGGAUGACUUAGUUGAGAUGGAAACCCAUCACUUGGGUUCUCUGUUAAACAGUUUACAUACAAGUACAGUUUUUAUACUAAGGAUUUCUGUUAGAAAGUCUUGUAAAGUUGUCUUUCCCCCAGAUAUAUGAAAUGUCAGUGGGAAACAAGUGUGACUUCAUUAGCUAUGUUUAGUGUAUUUAGAAUGUGUAAAUUUGUGCUUUGAACUGUAGUUUAAUAAAUGUAAAAUUGCAUCAUAGUAUUUGUUGUAUUUCACCCUUGGCGUACCAACCCUUGUAUGAUUGCAAUAAAAAUUGUGUAGAAUUUGCUGUCCUGCCCCCAAUUCCUGCUAACAUAGGGAAGAUGUCUAAGCAGCAAUGAGAAUUUAAGUGCAGAAAGGUGUGAUGUAAUUUAUUCAUAGAUUUUGACAAUUAUGUUGGCAAAGCAUUAGAUCAUGAGCACUGUAUUCAAAACUGAAGUGCAUUGUGUGGAUUUCUUUAAGCAUCUGAUUUAAUUAUUCUAAUAUUCAAAUACUCAAUUUGUGAAUCAUUAGACAGUCCAUAUGAAGUAACCAUAUAGUACUUAAGCUAAACUACUGCUCUGCUCUUUUGGCUAUUGACAGUAAGGCUAAUUUUACAUAUGCUUAAGAGUAAGACCUGUUGAAUUGAAAGGGACAUGGCUUCCCCAUAAAGAUGUAUAGCAUUGUGCUGCACGUCCCUAACUUUCUAGAGAGGUACUUGUGAUGGCAUUCAGCCUUUAACUUAGUGGCUGUAUCUGAGCCUUGCUGUUUGGAAUAUACAGUGGGAAAGUUCACUUGAACUACACUCAAAGUGCAUCAGCUAGAUUUAACAAGGAGAACACUGAUGUUACUCUGUUAGACCCUUUCACUCCUGAUAACGCAUUUUAAUUUAUUUUGCUAACCUUGUAGCUUUGGAAGAUAUUUUUAAAUGCAGAAUUAAUUUGAAAAUGGAGGUUAAUAUUCCUUACUAAUUUCAUGUUGUGAAAUGGGCUGCCAAGCAUAAAUGCAUUUUAUACUAGUGCUGAUCCACAAGAAGUUACUUUUCUUCAGUUCAGUGGAGCAAAAAUGCAUUGUUGCUAGAAGAAUGGCUUUGGGAGCAUUCCCUUCACCCUGAUCACCAUAAAAUAACAGGUACUAUAUUUGAAAUGCUUUUCACUUGUGUGAAAGGUGUCUAUUGCUGAAUCCAGUAACCCUGAGCAUAAAAUACAGCUGUGAGCAUUAAAGCACAGAUGAAAAAUCAAACUAUUUCAGUUUUCCAAUUAAAGAAAAAAAAAUCAAUUUCUAGCAUCUUGAUCCAGUAUCUGCCAGGGUUCUAUCAGGCAAGAAAAUGAGGAGUGACUAUCAUAUCAAGCCUCAAGCCCAGGAGUCUGCUAUAAGGUUUUUAGAACUGUUGUGAGUUUUACCAACUCUGUUGUAAAUGGUACAGUCUGUAUUGUAUUUGACAGUUUGCCAUAAAAAACUGAUAUGAACUUGGUA